UUCGGAAAUUCAUUUUCACCAGUGUACUGACAGUAUCGUCCUGGCCGAUGCAAAGCUUGUCCAUAUAUUUAUUUCACUUCGUCAUCUAUAAAAUUAAAACUCGCUAGCCCUUGUCAAUCACUUCUUCACUGAUCACAGCACACAAUGAGCUUUACAGUAGCAUUGACAAUCCUUUUGAGUUUUCUCCUUCCCUUGUGGAUCAUGUUGAUGAAGAAGCGAGAUGAACACAAGAGCCUCCCUCCGGGGCCUAAGAAGCUUCCCAUCAUAGGAAACCUCCACCAGCUCAGUCAACCUAUCCACCAAUCGUUUCAACGCCUUUCAGACAAACAUGGCUCCCUCAUGCAUCUCCAACUCGGUUCUGUUCCAACGCUUGUCGUCUCAUCAGCUGCUAUGGCCCAAGAAGUUCUCAAGACACAUGACUUGACUUUUGCUAGCCGUCCUACUAUGUAUGCCACAAAAAAGUUGAGUUACAAUGGCACAAAUAUUAGUUUAGCUCCCUAUGGGAAGUAUUGGAGGGAAGUCAGGAAAAUAGCACUUGUGGAGCUGUUAAGUGCCAAGAGAGUGGAGUCUUUUGAAGCUAUUCGAAAAGAGGAGGUGGCUUAUAUACUUAAAAUUGUACAAGAUUCAACAGCAAAGUCUACUCCGGUAAAUUUAAGCGAGUUGAUGUUCGUGGUAGUGAAUAAUAUUAUACUCAGAUCUAUAUUUAGUAAAAAAGGGAAUCAAAGUGAAGAGAAGGGGAAGAGCAGUGUUGGUGAAUUUAGUGAAAUACUAAAUGAAAUGGAGGAAUUGGCAAGUGUGGGAAACAUAGCUGAUUCAUUUCCAUGGAUGGGGUGGUAUAACAAGUUCAACGGUUUUGAUGGAAGAUUAGAAAAGAAUUUCAGAGCUUUGGAUGGCUUUUAUGACAUGGUAAUUCAAGAGCACCGACAGCAAUCCGGCGGAUCCCAGCAUGAAGAUCUUGUUGAUGUAUUACUUCGGAUUCAGAAUGAUCCCAGUCAAGAAAUUAGACUGACUGAUGAAAACAUCAAAGGCAUAAUAACGGACAUGUUUGUAGCGGGAUCGCAUUCGUCUUCCAGUACACUAGUAUGGAUGAUGGCAGAACUUAUGAAAAAUCCAUCAGCAAUGAGAAAAGCACAAGAAGAAGUGAGAGGAGUUGUCAAUAAAAGUGGUUCACUACAGGUAAAAGAAAGGCAUCUUCCAGAACUAGUAUAUCUAAAAAUGAUUGUAAAAGAGGUACUUAGACUCCACCCUCCAAUCCCAUUACUAGUCCCACACGAAUCAACAGAAAGAUGCAGCAUUGCAGGCUAUGAUAUUCCGGCCAUGACAAGAAUGCUCAUUAACUGUGCAUCGACAGCCAAGGAUUCUGAGUACUGGGAAGAUCCAGAGGAGUUCAAACCAGAGAGAUUCUUAAAUUCUGAUAUUGAUUUCAGAGGCCGUCAUUUUGAGUUUUUACCAUUCGGGGCAGGUAGGAGGGGCUGCCCAGGAAUUAAUUUUGCAGCGGUGAUAUUAGAGUUUGCACUUGCUAAUCUGUUGCAUGACUUCGAGUGGAAUGUGCCGGACGGAGCAAGAGCUGAAGAUAUUGAUAUGGAAGAGUCUUUUGGGAUUGCUGUUCAUAAAAAAACUCCUCUUUGUCUGGUUGCCUCAACGCCAUCGAUGACAGUUUAGAUGUUGUACCAGGAUUGGUGUUAUUGUUGUGCUGUUGACUGUUGUUGUAUUGUACAGUCGAGUGAAUAGUGAUCAACUAAUUAUAUUCGCUACUAAGUUAUAGACUAAAUUGUAAGCUGUGUACCUCAAGUAUGAGGCUUGUGCACUUUAUGUACUUUAAUUAAGGAAAUUAGCAAAAUGCAUGCGAAAGUAAUGUAAGCGGUGUACUUCCGUCACCAAUUUCUAACA